AUGUCCAAGCCGUUAGCCUUGAUCUUUCAAACGUCAUUUGUUACUGAAUGCCUGCCCUCUGACUGGAAGUCCGCUACCAUCACUCCGCUUUUUAAGGGUGGAAGUCGUGCGUCUGCGAAUAACUACAGGCCAGUGAGUCUUACCUCCAUCUGUUGCAAAAUCAUGGAGAAGAUCAUUAAGAAGGCCUUGGUGCAGUUCCUCGAGCAGCACCAUCUUCUUUCUGAUGCCCAACACGGCUUUCGAAGUGGUAGGUCCUGCCUCACGAAUCUACUCUUUACGCUCGAACGCUGGACCAAAGCACGUGAUGAAGGCAAUGUGGUGCACGCCAUCUACAUCGACUUCAAAAAGGCUUUCGACAGCGUUCCUCAUCAACGUAUCUUGUACAAACUGCGCAACGCUGGAAUUCGUGGACGCCUUCUUGUAUGGAUCCAGAGCUUUUUGGCUGGACGGUCCCAGAGAGUGCAGGUCGGGCGUCAACAGUCCUCAGAUGUAAGCGUGGUGAGUGGCGUCCCACAGGGCUCAGUCUUAGGUCCCACGUUAUUUCUCGUUUUCAUAAAUGACUGCGUCAAGGACCUAGACUGUGAUGCCAUCCUGUUUGCCGACGACAUAAAAUUGUGGAAAGUUAUUCACGAUGUGACAGACGCAGACCACCUGCAAGCAAACUUGAACAGGCUCGAAGACUGGUCGAAGCGCUGGCUUAUGCCCUUCAAUAUAAGCAAGUGUAACUUUCUUCAACUCGGCGGCUUCAUAGCCCCCAGCCCCAGGACCUACAUUCUACACGGCACACCACUGCAACAGGUUGAUAGUCAGAAGGACCUGGGUGUAUGGAUUACAUUUUCACUCAAACCAACACUGCACUGCGCGAAGGCGGCUAAAUCGGCUACGGCCACAUUGCAACUCAUUAGGCGAGCAUUUAUGGGAUUUGACCCUGACUGCUUCUCAAAAAUAUUUGGCACCUUCGUGCGACCUCAUCUAGAAUACGCCAUACAGGCGUGGAGACCCUGGACUGCCAAGGAUUAUACCGUCUUGGAGAAGGUCCAGAGACGGGCGACCAAAAUGACACAAGGUCUGGGAGCACUGCCCUAUGAAACCAGACUGUCAAUCCUAAACCUGUUUCCCCUUUCCUACAGGCAAUUACGUGGUGACCUUAUACUAACAUUUCGCAUCAUCAACGGCCUAGACUGUUGUUUAGAUCCCACUGAUUAUUUCACCCAAGCUAACACGCCCACUUUGCGCGGUCAUCCCCUAAAACUACGCGCAGGGAAAUCAAGAACCAAUGGACGAAAGUCCUUUUUCAGUAACAGAGUGGUUGCAGCCUGGAAUGCCCUGCCUACCGAUGUUGUAACCUCCUCCUGUGUGAACUCCUUCAAGUGUAGACUUGACCUGCAUCAAGCUUCCCAAUUACCACCCCCACAUCCACUCACAUAA